CUCUUCUUAAUCAAACCAGCGAGGUAUAAAUAUGAGAAAGAAGCAUGAUGUACCGCGAUCUGUGCACCAGAGUCUGUCAAGAUGGGCGUUGAGGUGACAAAAUCGUCGAGCAAUGGCCACAGAGGCCUUGGUCGGAUCAUUCCUUAUUUCAGGAACGAAGAAAACAUUCUUCGUACCAAGCUCGACUGUUUCCUGUUGCUCUGGAUGUUCGUUGCGGGAAUCAUGAAAGAGAUGGACCAGAGCGCGACGACACAAGCAUAUGUCAGUGGCAUGAAAGAGGAUCUGGCCUUGUACGGCAAUGAACUAAAUUGGUUCCAAACCUACUUUUCCAUUGCCUAUGCCAUAUUCAUUGUGCCAUCGCAGAUGCUGCAGACCAAGCUACGCCCAUCUUUGUGGCUACCGUUCGCCGAAAUCGCCUGGGGUAUUCUGACAUUGUUUACGUACAAAGCGAAAAGCGCGACAACAAUCUACAUACUACGGUUUUUCCUUGGUGCACUAAGUGCGACCUCUUGGCCAGGCAUAACAUCGCUGAUUAUGACGUGGUAUACCCCGUCUGAGCUUGCUUUCCGACUGGCUAUUUUCAAUGUGUCGGACGUAGCUGGCGCAAUGUUUCUCGGCGUGGUCCAAGCAGAGCUUUACGUCAACAUGAAUGGAGUCAAUGGCUUGGCGGGAUGGCAAUGGCUCUUCAUCGUCUCUGGAGCUAUUACUACCCUACUUGGCUUCCUUGGGCUUAUCAUCGUUCCAGACUCGCCCGUCAAUACUCGCGCCAUCUGGCUUACGAAGCGUGAAAGGGAAUUGUCACGCGAACGUUUGGAACGUCACGGUAUGCAAGCAGCUCGGUUGGUCCCUCUAAAGGUACUUCGCACGAAGCUGGCUUUACUCAUCAAGCAUCCUUUGACAUAUCUCUACAUUGCUGCUUUCGCGCAGAAUGCUUGGGCGCAUCGUGCGAACUCUUACAUCCUACUCUAUCUCAAGGGUGUUGCAGACUCAGCUGGAGACAGGCUGUACACGACAUACCAAGUCAAUCUCAUCCCUCUCGGCGGCUACGGGUUGCAGAUUAUCACGAACGUUGGCAUUAAUGCGCUAGGUGAUUGGAAAGGCUGGCGCUGGCCAAUCUUCGUUGGUUCCGGGCUGGUACACAUGAUUGCCUGCGGGAUUCUGACAGGUUGGCCAAGCAGCCAUCCCACAAUCAUGUUUGCCUAUUUCUUGACCUACGCAACAAAUGCCGGCGGUCCUGCCCUGAUAGCAUGGCUGGCGGAACUACUACGACUCGAGCCCGAAGCCCGUGCCAUCGUCAUUGGCAUGAGUGUGACCAUCGUAUAUGUGGGCCAUGCCACCAUACCAUUGGGAGCUUGGAAAGCGGUGGACGCUCCACACUAUACCAUCGGGUUUCCACUUGCGUUAGCUCUUGCCGCUGGCGCAAUCGGGGUGGUGCUGACCAUGCGGUUCUGGUUUGUAAAGCAGAACCCGGAUCUCGCCACGACUGGAUACGCUGGAGGUAUCGGGGUAGAAGAGUAUCCUGAAGACGAAGGUGUUAAUACAAAGCUCGACGCAGAAUUGGGAGAGCAACCUACCAAGGACGGAACGCAUGUUCGCCAUCGAUAGCGACCUUGUGCCACAUCGAUUAUCUUAUGGUAUUUAGCCGUGUCAGGAGCACGAAUUAAAGUCUUGUGCGUCACAGAUAGGAGCCAGGUUUGACUCCAGGUCACAUCGAAGUCAAUGUAGUGAGAAUCGAGG